GAAGCGCGGGCUCCUCCAAAUCUCGCUCUUUUGUGCUCGCGAGAUCUCGUGACGUCACCGCCGUCCGCCAUCUUGAACGCGGGCUAAGCAAUAAAUGCUCCCCACACUGAACCGCGGUCUUUCUCGAGACGCACCUCGCUGGGAGAGUGUCCGCAGCUCUGCGUUCGCGUCACGGUCCUGCGGUCGGCGGUCUCGGCGCGGUGCGGAACAAGGCCAGGCGGCCCCUGCUCGAGUCCCGCGUCGCCAUGGCCGCGGUUCCCGAGUUGCUGCAGCAGCAGGAGGAGGACCGCAGCAAGCUGAGAUCUGUGUCAGUGGACCUGAAUAUUGACCCCUCGCUUCAGAUUGACAUACCGGAUGCACUAAGUGAGAGAGAUAAGGUCAAAUUUACAGUGCACACCAAGACCACACUGCCCACAUUUCAGAGCCCAGAGUUUUCUGUUACAAGGCAACAUGAAGACUUCGUGUGGCUACAUGACACUCUUAUCGAAACAACAGACUAUGCUGGACUUAUUAUCCCGCCUGCUCCCACGAAGCCAGACUUUGAUGGCCCCCGAGAGAAGAUGCAGAAGCUGGGAGAGGGCGAAGGGUCUAUGACCAAGGAGGAAUUUGCCAAGAUGAAGCAAGAACUGGAAGCGGAAUAUCUUGCUGUCUUUAAGAAGACUGUGUCUUCCCAUGAAGUCUUUCUCCAGCGUCUUUCAUCUCACCCCGUUCUCAGUAAAGAUCGCAACUUUCAUGUUUUCUUGGAAUAUUAUCAGGAUCUAAGUGUCAGACGGAAGAAUACCAAAGAGGUGUUUGGUGGCUUUUUCAAAAGCGUGGUAAAAAGUGCUGAUGAAGUCCUUUUUUCUGGAGUUAAGGAGGUAGAUGACUUCUUUGAGCAAGAGAAGAAUUUCCUUAUUAACUACUACAAUAGGAUCAAGGAUUCCUGUGCAAAAGCUGACAGAAUGACCCGAUCUCAUAAAAAUGUUGCCGACGAUUAUAUCCACACUGCGGCCUGCUUGCACAGUCUGGCUGUAGAAGAGCCCACGGUCAUCAAAAAGUACCUGCUGAAGGUUGCUGAGCUGUUUGAAAAACUUAGGAAAGUGGAGGGUCGAGUCUCAUCAGAUGAAGACUUAAAGCUGACAGAGCUUCUUCGAUACUACAUGCUCAAUAUAGAGGCUGCUAAGGAUCUCUUAUACAGACGCACCAAAGCACUAAUUGACUAUGAGAACUCAAACAAAACUCUGGAUAAGGCCCGGUUAAAAAGCAAAGAUGUCAAGUUGGCUGAGGGGCACCAGCAGGAGUGCUGUCAGAAAUUUGAACAGCUUUCGGAAUCUGCAAAAGAAGAACUGAUAAAUUUCAAACGAAAAAGAGUGGCGGCAUUUAGAAAAAAUCUAAUCGAAAUGUCUGAACUGGAAAUAAAGCAUGCCAGAAACAAUGUCUCCCUCUUGCAGAGCUGUAUUGACUUGUUCAAGAACAACUGAUCUAUUCUGCCUUUACUCUGAAGGAAGGAAAUGAAUGUGAAAAAAAAAUCCCAGCGUCACUUGCACUUAAAUCAUUACCAUGGAAGAUUUAUUAGCUUCGACUUUAGUUUAAAAUUAUGUGAAUAAAUAUUUUGAUUUCUGAAAAUCUUUAACACUUAACCAUGUUGGUUUAAAAAAUAUUUCUAUUGCAUGCUACUUGGACAUAACUAAUCUUUCCUUAAGCAUUUAAUACCUCAGUGGGCAGUGGCUAAGCCCUGGGCUCUCCUGUCCUUUAUCUGUAAUUACUAAGAAAGGGUGUGGGCGAUGCAGGCCUUCUGGACAGAAUGGGGGCAGUGUUGACCUGAGUCUGCCUCGAGUUUCAUGUGCUCUUGUCCCCCCACACCUGUUCUUGUUUGGGUGGUGCCAGUUGCAGCUAAGCUGGGCUUGUUCCAGGUAGUCGCCUUCCUCAACUGGAUGGGUUUUUGCUGUCUGUUGCUCCUGUGGUUGUCAAGUAUUCUUGUACCAGUAGCAAGAGAUCGCCCUCUCCACGCACCCUUCGCAGCUCAGUUUGGUGGCAGUCAGGAUAUAAAUAUUGAGGGGAGAGGAGUAUUGAGGGCAUAUCUGAGAACACAUCCUGCGACUGGAUCUACAGAAGAGGGAUAUGUACUCCCUUCCCAGUGGGCCUUGGUGGGGGCAUUUGUUUUUUAUGAAAUACGUAAUAAAACAAUAGUGCUGCUGC